CCCCUCUUUCCUAGCGAGAGAAUCAACUUACGAAUGACUCUUAAUUGGGCUUUCAUGGCGAUUUCUAGUUCCUCAAAGCAUGCUAUAGUUAUCUUUGUCGCUUUAAUACUGUUGAGCAAUAGAGCAAACUGUGAUGAUUCUCUACAUGCCAACAAGGGGAACACCUGCCUAGAGAGUGAAAGGAGAGCUUUGAUUGCCAUCAAGAGCGAUAUGUAUGAUCCUGGCGAGUGGUUAUCUUCAUGGACCGGCUAUGAUUGCUGCAAGUGGAGAGGAGUUGCUUGCGACAACGUUACUGGUUAUGUCACGAGGCUUGACCUUCACUAUCCCGAUGAAUAUAAUCCAUGGGUGGAGAUUAUUUUUGUCUAUGACUAUGAAUAUAAUCCAUGGGUCAGUAUUGGUGCGAGCAAGGUAAAUCCUUCUCUGUUUGAACUGAAGCACUUGAGAUACUUGGAUUUGAGCUUUAAUAACUUCUCAUAUUCGCAUGUGCCCCACAUGAUUGCCUCACUUGUGCGCUUGGAAUACCUUAACCUCUCCAAUGCCUUUUUUUAUGGAUUAAUUCCUCCUGUAUUAGGGAAUCUUUCCCACAUACAACACCUUGACCUUGGAAAUUGUUAUACAUUUCCAAGUACUCUAUUCUCAAACAACUUGAGUUGGCUCUCCAACUUAAAUUCUCUACAAUAUCUCGACAUGAGUUGUGUCAACCUCUCUAAAGCAACCAAUUGGCUCCACCAAAUUAAUUUGAUUCCUACUCUACAAGUGUUGCUUUUGAGGCAUGCAAGUCUGCCGUGUGUUCCACCUUCAUUACCCACAUUUAACCUCACAUCCCUCACCAGGCUCGAUCUCAGUGGGUAUGAAUGGAACAUCAGCGCUUCCAUGUUGAGGUGGUUGUCUCAUGCCAGUAAUCUUGAACACCUCGAUCUAUCUGGAUGCUUGGGGUUGUUUGAUGCCGAGGCACUUUCAGUUGCUUUGGGAGCUCUGCAUAAUUUGAGGAAGCUAGUUUUGGUCGAAACUCAAAUAGCAGGAGAAUUUUCUACAAUUCUGAAGAAUGUUAGCAGAAUGUUGCAAUAUUUAGAUUUGCGAUGGAAUUUCUUAUUAUCUGGAGAAAUUUCAACAAUUUUGUCCAUCCUUCCGCGCCGACUGGAGUUCUUAAAUUUAGACAAUAAUAACAUCUAUGGGAGAAUCCCAGAGAUGUUAGGGAAUUACACAAGCUUGAGACACUUAAGUAUGUUCUACACUCAAAUAACUGGAGAUAUUCCAAGAACAAUAGGGAAACUUAUCCAUUUGGAGUAUCUUGAUUUGUCUGGAAAUGAUAUAACAGGAGAGAUACCAUCGAACGUAGGAAACCUCACAAACUUGGAAGUUCUAUAUUUGAGCAGAACCAAUAUCACAGGAUCGAUACCAGAGAGUCUUGGUAAUGUUGUUUACUUGAAGUUUUUGGAUUUGUCUGAAAAUAAGAUUACUGGAGAAAUACCAAACACUUUGGGGAGUCUUGAAAAGAUGCUACAAUUAGAUUUACACGCCAACCUUCUCACUGGGCAAAUACCAACAACGAUUGAAAACUACUUAAUUGGAGAAAUACCAAAGACUUUUGGCCGCCUAUGCAACCUAUGGAUGCUAGAUCUGUCAUUAAACAAUAUCAUCGGAGAGUUAGCAAAUCUACUUGAUGGCUUAUCUAAUUGUCCACAAGGAGCAGCGUUAUCAUACUUACGCAUUGCUGACAAUAAUUUGAGUGGAAUUAUUCCAUCCAACCUUGGACUGUUAGCUCAAUUAGAGGAACUGGACCUCUCCUCAAAUUCUCUGCAAGGUAACAUGACUGAAGCUCACUUUUCUCAACUUACAAGCUUGUCGUAUUUGAAUAUAUCUUUUAACUCCUUGAAUGUGAUUCUACCAAAUGAUUGGCAUCCCCUUUUUCAUGCCUAUGAAAUUGAUAUGAGUUCCUGUCAUUUGGGAGGUACAUUUCCUUCAUGGAUUCAAUCCCAAAUGCGUUUGGAUUCACUGUAUCUUUCUGGAGUAGGAGUCUCAGGAACAAUUCCACUCUGGUUCUCAAACUUCAUUCCAAACACUAGGCUUCAAUAUCUUGACUUAAGUUCAAAUAAUUUGAGUGGUCUAAUACCUUCUACUCUUUCUCCUUUUACUGAUCUUUCAAACAACUCAUUUGAAGGGUCAAUUCCAACGAACUUAGCGAUUACAGACUCCGCUCAAAUUUUAGUGUUGUCUAAUAACCAUAUAAAUGGUAGUUUUCCACCCUUCUUGUGUAAUUUAACUUCCAUAUUUUUCAUUGAUUUGUCUAACAAUCACUUAUCUGGUACAUUCCCACAUUGUCAAAACUCAUUUCCUCAUGCAUUAGAGUAUCUACAUUUGAACAAUAAUAGUAUCUCUGGGCAAUUUCCUUCUUUCCUAAAAAAAUGUAAAUUGUUAAUCACUCUUGAUCUCGGUGAAAAUAAAUUGUCGGGCAAAAUACCAACAUGGGUUGGAUAUCUCACUUCUCUACAAAUUUUGCGUUUGAGUUCAAACUCUUUCACCGGUGUCAUUCCAGUAAAUAUAGGAUACCUCGCUUCUCUUAAGGUCUUGGAUCUUUCUUUCAAUAAAUUAUUUGGUAAAAUACCUUCAUCUGUAGGACAUUUCAGGGCUAUGUUUCAAGAUUAUACCAAUUCUAACCCAUGCCAUGAUAAUAAUCUUCAAUGUGCAAUGGCACCUAUGGGCUCUUAUAGACCAAAGGAUAAGAUCCUAAUAACUGCCAAAGGAUCAACCUAUGAAUACAUUAGAAUUCUCUCCCUCGUGACCAGCAUAGACCUAUCGCAUAAUAAUCUUUCUGGUGAAAUCCCAAACGAGCUAAUGAUGCUUCGUGAUUUGCAUUUCCUGAGCUUGUCCAACAAUCACUUGACUGGUACAAUUCCUGAAAACAUUGCCGUUUUGACAGAGUUAUUUUCUCUUGACUUGUCAAUGAACAAUCUCACUGGCACAAUUCCCUCCAACUUAUCUGCUCUAAACUUUCUCAGUCACUUGAAUCUCUCUUUCAAUAACUUGUCCGGAAGAAUCCCAACCGGGAAUCAAUUUCUAACCUUCGAUGACCCUGCGAUAUACGCUGGCAACAAGGACCUUUGUGGUUGGCCACUACCCGAGUGUCCUAGUGAUGAAGCCCAGCGAGGUCCACUUCAUGCAAGAGAUGAUGAUGAUGGUAAUGGCAGCAAGCUUGAAAAAGUUCUGGAUUAUGCCUUCAUUGCUAUGGGAUUUAUAAUCGGAUUUUGGGCAUAUUGGGGCGCAAUGAUCAUGAAAAAGUCCAUCAGAAUUGCUCUCUUCCAGAUGGCGGACAGGAUUUACGACUGGAUCUAUGUGCAACUCGCAGUGAAGUUUGGAAGGUGAAGACCAAGUGGCAAAGAUGAACUUGAAAGCCUUAUAAUUUGCUGAUUGUACUUCCCUAUCAAAGAGAAACACUCCAACUUGUAUGCUGCUCUACUAGCUAGAAUAUGAAUAAUGGUGCUGUGUGAAAUAGAAAGUAUUUGCAAACUUCUGUUAUGUAUUUGUAGAACCAUUUGGGACAUUGUUCCACUUUUCAGUUUACCUGAUGAUAUUUGUAUUAUAUCGAUGACCCGACAUAGAUGCAAUCAGGUUUAUGAAAAAUUGUUACAGGACAGAAAUGAAGAAAAACAA